AUGGAGUUCCUUUUGCUUUACCCCUUCAUUGCUGCAGCCCUACUCAUACUGCUAGCCAUACACACAGCCCUCUAUCGUCUGUACGCCCAUCCAUUGUCGAGAUUCCCCGGUCCCAAACUUGCUGCGGUGACUUUCCUCUAUGAAUUCUACUAUGAUGUCGUCAAGAGCGGCAUGUACCUUUGGGAAAUAGAGCGAAUGCAUGAGAAAUAUGGCCCUAUUGUCCGCAUUAGUCCCCGAGAGCUCCACAUCAAAGACUCACAUUACUACGAGGACAUCCACGCCAGCGGCUCCCGCAAACGCAACAGAGACCCGAAGUACGCUGUCUCCUUCGGAGCUCCAUAUUCGCUCGUCGGAACAAUAGACCACGACCACCACCGGCUCCGUCGAAGUUUCAUCCAAAAUUACUUCUCCAAGCGGUCUGUCACCAGUCUUACGCCCUAUAUCACGGUCAAGGUUGACCAACUCCUCAACCGCUUUGAAGCCGCCUACAAAAACUCAACCAUCCUCCAUCUCCAGCAUGAUUUCGCUGCCCUCACUGCUGAUGUUAUUACACAGUACUGCUACGGUUGGAGCUAUGGCUAUCUAGAUGACAAGAAAAGCUCGACAAGGAACGAUCUUGUCGACGCUGUUAAUGGUCUCAUGCUUAUGUUCCAUGUGAACCGGUUCUUUCCCUUUCUUGUGACUAUCUUUCGGAAUGCCCCGGAGACUGUUGUACGCUUUCUGCAGCCGCACAUGGGUGAUUUGUGUAGUGUCAAGGCUCAAUUGCGUAAGCAGGCGAUUGUUGCGCUUAAGCAGAAGAAGUCCAAGGAAACCAAGGAAAUUGAUGAGAAGUCGAAUGAUUCUAUCUUUGAUACGCUUGUCGGGCCGAAUGUGCCUGAGAAUGAGAAGACGGUUGAUCGCUUGGUCGAUGAGUCUGCUCUGCUUCUUGGUGCUGGAACGGAGACUACGGCUAGAUCUCUUGCUGUGUCGAUGUUUCAUGUUAUGAAUGAUAAAGAAAUUGGAAAUAAGUUGAGGAAAGAGUUGAAGACUGUCAUGGAGAAACCUAUUUCUAAAGCUACGUGGACUGAGUUGGAGCAUCUUCCUUAUCUUACUGGCGUUGUUAAUGAGGGCCUGCGUCUGAGCCACGGUAUGACGGCGCGUCUAAGCCGUAUCUCGCCGAUUGAAAACAUGCUCUACAAGGACUGGGUUAUUCCUGCCGGUACCCCGGUUAGUCAAUCGAAUUACUUUGUUCACAUGGAUCCCACUCUUUUCCCUGAACCUGAGAAAUUCGAUCCGGAGCGAUGGAUCCGUGCUGCUGAAAAGGGCGAACAUUUGACCAGGUUCAUUGUAUCUUUCACCAAAGGUGCUAAGCAAUGCUUAGGCAUGAACCUUGCCUAUGCUGAGAUCUAUAUGACUUUGGCUCACAUCGCCCGGCGCUUUGAGUUCGCACCACAUGAAACCACUGCAGACCACCUUGUUGUUCGUCGAGAGCUGGGAGUCGGCUAUUCUAUGGACAUGAAAUUUGAUAUCAAGGCGAAAGUGGUGGGUAUUAUAGAGGAGUGA